GGUACGGAAUAUAAGUUCCAACUAAUGUUAACUUUUUGAUUUUGAAAAAUUAUAACUUUUAUUUUAGGACAAAUCAACUACAAAGUUAUUUUGGAAACUGCAGAAAUUGAUAAUAGGCAAUCAAAAGAGAUUGAGCGUUUCAGUUGUGACGACUGUCACCUGAGUGACCUGGAAGAUGCACCUAUCAUAUAUGGAAGUGUGCUAUUGAGAUAUAAAAGUUACAACUUUAUUUAUUCGAGGCAUAAUAAAAGUUACAACUUUUAACGCAUUGAGCUUAGCUCUCUACUCUCUACUACUAGUAGAGUAGAGUAGUAGAGACUAGUAGAGAGUGUGUGUUUAGGAAUACCUUGAAACCUUCCCGUAAACAGUUCCCUUUCUAUCCACCCCCCAGCCUCCCAGGGCCCCAGGGCCCCAUCCCCCUCCGACCCCAGGUUUUGCAAAAAGUAUGGUCCAUGAAGGUUUGAUCGGUAUUUGCUUGUGUUUUUUGGGCGUCAUUUACGAGCUGAACCCCGUAGAGACCACUUCCAAAAAAAAGGCAAAGGACUUCCGCUUACCAACCACAUCAUCAUGGCCGUAACAGACGCAUCGCACGCAGUUUUGAACCAGCGAGCGAAUCAAGCAGGCUUGGAGGUCAACUCGAAGGAAUUUGCUGAGUUAUUGAACAAAGAUGACUCCAUUGCGCACUUGAGAUCGGAAUACCACAUCCCCAAGAAUUCAGGGCUGUACGAAGUUCGAAAGGAUAUGAUACCAGACAGUGAGUGGGAGAAGGAAUGUAUUUACCUGUGCGGCAACAGCCUAGGGUUGCAGCCCAAGGGGACUCAGCCACUAGUUAACGAGGAGCUACUGAAAUGGCAGAGAAGGGGUGUACAGGGGCACUUCGAUGACUCAGAGAGACGGUGGGUCGACAUCGCCGAGCAAUCAGCCGGUGACAUGGCCAAGAUCGUUGGCGCGGAUGAGUCCGAGGUCGUGAUCAUGAAUACGCUUACAGUCAAUCUGCACCUCAUGUUGGCAUCGUUCUACACUCCCACUGAUACGAGAUGCAAGAUUCUGAUCGAGAACAAGGCGUUUCCGUCUGAUCACUACGCUGUGCGCUCUCAGGUCAAGUCACGCGGUUAUGAUCCGGAUACUGACGUCAUUCUCGUCGAUACAGAAGGCGUCGAUGGAAAUGCCAAAUUGAUUGAGGCAAUCAAAUUGCAUGGCGAUGACAUAGCGCUGGUGCUGUUACCGGGUGUCCAGUAUUAUCUAGGAGAUGCGUUCGAUAUGAAAGCCAUCACAUCAGUCGCCAGACAGAUGGGCUGCGUUGUUGGAUGGGAUCUAGCUCAUGCCGUAGGCAAUAUCGAACUGCAGCUGCACGACUGGGAUUUGGACUUUGCCGUCUGGUGCACGUACAAGUACCUGAACUCAGGCCCUGGAGGUAUAGCUGGUGCUUUUGUGCACUCGAGACACCAUUCGAAUCCCGAGCUUCCCAGGCUGACCGGCUGGUGGAGUCACAACCUCAAAACUCGAUUUAAAAUGGAUAACGAGAUGGACAAGAUCUCUAAUGCUGCCGCUUACGCGAUGUCCAACCCCCCGAUGCUACAAGUUGUGAGCCUGAGAGCUUCGUUAAAUGUCUUCAACAUGACUUCUAUGAAGGACUUGAGGUCUAAAUCGGUGAUGUUAACCGGCUAUCUCGAUCUGCUGUUGUCGAAAAUUCCUAUUGUACAGAAAAAUAUCAAGUCAUUGACCUCGUCAGAUAGGACGAAACGUGGAUGCCAACUGUCUUUGUUCUGCAAGGUGCCAGUGCGUCCUAUUUUUGAGUUUCUGGAGCAUUCCGGUGUCGUCUGCGACCUUCGGGAGCCCGAUGUGAUCAGAAUCGCGCCAGUUCCGAUGUACAAUAAUUUCACUGACUGUUAUCAGUUCGCACAAGUCUUAAAGUCCGCCCUUGAACACCACAGUUAAAUCUGAUGUGUGGCUAUGCUAUUAAUUCAACGUUAUCUAUUGAAUUCCUGGUUCGGGGAUGGAUUUGUUUAUAAAAUAAAGAGUUUCACCAAUAUUCCAAACGAG